AUACCUAUUGAAGAAUCAAUACUAUCGAUGGUUAUAACCGGUUUUGUUUGGGGUAUAUCUACACCACUAAUCAAAAGAUACAGCAAAGACAUCGAUGAAGUCUAUCAUCAAAACAAAGUGAUCGAAGUUUUCUUACAAUUGAAACAAUUGGUUACCAAUUGGAAAUAUUUAUUUGCAUUUCUGGUCAAUCAAAGCGGAUCCAUAUUGUACGCCAUAAGCCUAUCAUACAAUCCCAUCAUUAUAGCUGUUCCGGUCACUAAUGCCAUCAAUUUUGUCUCUGUUGUCAUAUUUGGUCCACUUUUGGGCGAAAAAGCUCUCGACUCUAGUAAUGACUAA